AUGAAUGCUACUCAUGCUGCAAACACAAAGCAAACUCUUGAGUGGAAAAAGCCUCUAAAUAAGCCUCAACCUGGUUCAUUCUUUUUGUCUAAAGUACAAUCACAAUAUACAUCGUCAGUGAAAACAAUGUCAUCUAUGUUAGCCAUGCAUAUUGAGUUGUGUUGCUUUUUGGCGUUUUCUACUCUUGUAGGAUUGUUCUUUCUUUCUUUAUUCUUCGUACCUUCAAAGAAGAAUCAGGUUUACCCAAAAUCGUAUCCUCUAAUUGGCUGCUCGUUGGAAUUCAUAAGAAAUCGCGCGCGAAUUAUCCAGUGGACUAGUGAAAUAUUCGACAAGUUAUCUUCCUCCACAUAUACACUUGAACUUCCAUUAGGAAGACAUGUCGUAUGCACUAAAGACCCUUCCAAUGUCAAGCAUAUUCUAAAGACGCGCUUCAAUAACUACCAUAAAGAGAGAAAGGUCAUAGAAGCAUUUUCAGAUUUAUUCGGGAAGGCCCUUUUCCUCUCCGAUGGCUCGGAGUGGAAGUCACAAAGACAAUCUUUUCAGCAUGAUUUUGAUCCUAAAGAGUUUCACGCUUAUACAUCUGUAGUGGAGGAAGAGCUCUCGGGUCGUCUUGUCCCCUUUUUAAGUAAUGCAGAAAAAACUGCAUCUACAGUUGAUCUCCAGGAUACACUUUGUCGAUUUACAUUUGAUUCAGUAUGUCAAAUAGGGUUUGGAUUCGAUCCGAAGUAUUUAUUAUCUUCUCUCCCACCAACCCCUUUUGCUGACACUUAUAGAAGUGCGGCGAAGUUGAGCAUUUUAAGGUACACCACCUUACCCCUUAUAUGGAAAGCUAAAAAGUUCUUCAACAUGAAGUCUGAGAAAAGACUCGCGCACAUGGUUGAUGAACUUCACAACUUCUUGGGUAAUAUUAUUGCGAAAAAGAAGGAAAGGUUGUUAGCGAGGGAGGAUUUGGAGGACAAGGACGUGUUGGCAAAAAUUUUGAGAAGGGCAAAGGGUGAACAACUAGAUGAUACCUUUCUCAUUCAUACAGCUGUUAACUUUAUCAUGGGAGGACACGAUGCAAUGUGUCCGGCUUUAGCAUGGUUUUUUGGGUUGGUCUCAAGUAAUCCGAAUGUGGAAAAAGUGAUUGUGAGAGAAAUUAGAGAGAAGGAUGGACGUCUGAGCGACAUGGUUUACAUGCAUGCUUCUAUAUAUGAGAGCUUGAGACUCUUCCCGCCCUUCCCAGCUGACUCGAAAGAAGCAGUGGAAGACGAUGUUUGGCCUGAUGGGACAAAAGUGAAAAAGGGGACCUCCAUAUUCUACCACAUAUUCGCUAUGGGUAGGUCACCAGAAUUGUGGGGACCAGAUUGGCCUGCUUUUAGUCCAGAAAGAUGGUUGGAGAGAAGAAGUGGUAGCAGUGAUGAAUGGAAUUUCAUCGCGAGGGAUCCUUUCAUGUAUCCAGUGUUUCAUGCAGGGCCAAGGACUUGUUUAGGAAAAGAAAUCGCGGUUGUUAUCAUGAAAAUGGUGGCUGCCACCAUCCUAAAGCGCUUCCAAGUCAUUCCGGCUCAGGACAAUUUAUCUCAAAACUCUGAUGCAUUCGUCACAUCAAGGAUGAAACAUGGUUUUCCCGUAAGAAUCAUAGAGCGUCAUUGA